UUUGUGUGGUGAAUUGGAAAUAAAAGAAAAGGAUUACUUUGGCUUGCGAUAUGUGGAUGCCUCAAAGCAGAGACAUUGGCUGGACUUGUCCAAAUCCAUAAUAAAGCAAUGUAAGGAAAUGGAUCCCUUGCUUUUUUCACUAAGAGUAAAGUUCUAUCCCGCGGAUCCAUUUCGGUUGACUGGAAAUGCAAGGAUUAUGUUGUACCAGCAAUUGAAGAGGGAUCUCCGUCAUGGUCGCUUGUAUUGCUCUUUGGGCGAGGCGGCUGCCCUGGGUGCUUUGAUAGUCCAAGAAGAGCUUGGAGAUUACAAUGAAGAUGUUCAUAUAGGAGCUUAUGUAUCUUCCAUAGAAUUAGCCCUACGUCAGACCGAGUAUCUGGAGAAAAAGAUAAUCGAGCUGCAUAAAAAGCGCGAGCCUGGCCAGGAUCUAUCUCUAGCUAUGGACGAGUUCUUGGGCAUAGCUCGCGGUCUGGAGACCUACGGCAUUGACCCCCAUCCGGUGAAGGAUCACCGGGGAUCACAGCAAUAUAUCGCGAUAAAUAACUCGGGUAUUAGCACGUUCGUAACCGGCAAGCGAUCUCAACAUUUUCGGUGGAAUGAAAUACAUAAAAUUAACUUUGAAGGCAAAAUGUUUAUAGCCCAUCUUAGUUAUACAGAUGCCAGCCGAGAGCCUAAAAAGCACACUGUGGGUUUUAAGUGCCCGACCGGAGCUGCGUGCCGCUAUUUGUGGAGAUGUGCCAUCGAACAAAUGCUGUUCUUCACGUUACCCAAUAGCCAAAGUGCGGCUGUCAUUUCUGGAGGCGGCUUCUUCUCCUGGGGCACAAAAUUCCGAUACACUGGAAGAACUGAGCGUGAAAUUCUGACUGAAAACAUUAAUGCACUGCGAGAACAAAAGAUCAACAACUCGAAUUCAAGCAAGCGAAAGGCGAGCAGUGUGCCAGCCACGCCCUCCAGUCCACAAGGCGAUUUAGCCCAGAUCCGGUAUAGCAGCUUACCGAGAUCCACGAUGUCGGAGCCUCUGGGCUAUGGCAUGCCCAAUGGUGCCCAUUGCUAUGGCCAGGAUCACGGGAUGGGCGAGAUAAAUGGUGGCAUUCAGAUAUCCAGCCUGGAGCCGGUCUGCGAGGAGGCUCGGCUGCGAUCGUCGAACCUCGAUGGGAUCAACCUUUUGGCCACUCAAAUCGGCGGCUAUACGUAUCGCGACUCCGUUGAGCACUCGUCUACGGAGAGCGGACUGACCGUAAAUGGUGGAUACGAUCAUCCGCGGAAGCAUAACGACGCUAAGCAGCAGCAUCAUGGCAGCUACUCCCCGAAUCUGUAUUAUGGACAGUCCGCCGGUGCUGCCGGGUUGAACUCGAGUGCGCCGGGUGAUAAUUUUUUGCAUGCGGAUCAAUCGCUGCGAAAGAUAAAAAAGUUCCGCAAAUUCCAUCUGCUGGCCGCCUUCGUCCCGUCCGUCAUCUUUGUGGCCUUCGCAAUGGCCGGAACGGCUGUGUUCAUCAUGGAGUCCGAGUCGGAGGCCUUCGAGCAGCUGCGCAACUCCCCGGAGAUGCUCUGCCUGCGCUACCAAUACUAUCAGCCUUUAAAGGACUUUGUUCUGGACAAGUUGGGCGGUCGGAGAAAGUGAGAGAGGGAUUAAAGGAUGCUUUUUUUAAUGGAUACGUAGCAUCACUAGCAA